GGCAUUAUUUUAAAUCCAAGCUCCCAGGUACCAACUAGGGUUCAAGAAUUGGCAGUACCAGAUUUCGGGCUUUGAUUGGAUAUCAUCUGCAGAGAAGAGGGUACGUAGCUUUACAUUACUACUUUCUCAAAACCUCCUUUCCCAAUGCUUGAAUUCCUCUCUAGAAUCAUAACUUGUUCUGUUAGAACUUCAAUGAUAGAUAAAGUUUGCAUUUUUGAGACCACUUCAUUACUAUCAUCAUCUCUCAGAUGCAUAUCAUCAAACACUACAAAUCACCACGCAUUUACUGUGUCUUAUCUCAUAAAUUCUUGUGGGUUGUCUCCAAAAUCUGCAUUAGCAGCUUCCAAAGAUGUCCAUUUUGAUGACCCACAUAAACCUGAUGUUGUCCUUAGCUUUUUCAAGAACCAUGGCUUUUCAAAAGCCCAAAUCUUUAACAUUAUCAAAGGAUACCCUGGAGUGCUCUUGACCAAUCCUGACAAAACCCUUUUGCCCAAACUUGAGUUUUUGCAAUCUAAAGGUGUUUCAAGCCCUGACAUUGCCAAGAUCAUAUCAUCACAUCCUUGGACUUUGCAGCGGAGGUACUGCUUUGUCCCUAUUUUUUAUUUCUUUAAACACUUGGUUCAAUCUGAUGAUACAACCAUCAAAGUAUUCAAGCGCUAUCCCGGUCUAUUUGGACUUGAUCUUGCAAUUGUGACAUCUAUGCUCAAUAUUUUGCGAGAUAAUGGAGUGCCUGAAAGUAAUAUUCCUAUGUUAGCUCGUUGCUAUCCCUUAACUAUGAUGUUGACCCUGGAGAAAUUUCAGAAGCUUGUGGAGGAAUUGAGGGCAAUGGGCUUUGAUACUUCCACGAGUCGGUUUAUUUUGGCGAUGAAUGUUCUGUGCUUGAUGAGUAGAGUCAAGUGGGAAAGGAAACUUGAUGCGUACAGAGACUGGGGUUUGUCUCAUGAAGAGAUUCUUGCAGCAUUCAGAAAGUAUCCAUAUUUUAUGACAGCAUCUGAAUAUAAGAUUAUGGAAGUGAUGUGUCUUUUUGUCAACAAAUUGGGCUGGGAGCCUUCUUUUAUUGCUAAACACCCAUCUCUUAUGUUAUACAGUGUGGAGAAGACGCUCAUUCCAAGGGCUUCAGUUUUGGAGUUUCUAGUUUCCAGAGGCUUGAUUGAGAAGAGUUUUAGAAGCUAUGAAUUCUUCCAGAGUCCAGAAAAUAAGUUCCUGCAAAAUGUCAUAAGCAGCUAUGCUGAAUCCACUGAGCUGUUGCAGUUGUACAGGGAGAAACAGAAUCUUUCAAGAUGCAAAGGCGUUUGAUGAAAAGUGCAGAAGAUACCCUGCCAUUCUUCAGACUCCUUUGAGUGCGGGUGGUGUGAUAGACAGCUAGGUGUGGAAUUUUAGUAGAAAUGGUAUUUACACUGUUAGGUCAGGGUAUGGGGGUGCAGAACAUUUGUUAACUACUUCUAAUGGGCAAACAUCUGCUGGUAAAUCUAGCCAUUCUGAUUCUGCUAAUCAUAUUUGGAAGGAGAUUUGGAGGUUUUAGGAAAGAAAUUCUGCAUUUUAUUUGUUUGUGUUGUUAAGGAAUAAGGAUGUCAUUCCUGUUCGCUUCAAUUUAUGCAAGAGGCAUGUUCAAGCUGAUAAAAUCUGCCCCUUUUGCCCCCAGCGUGAUGAAACAGUAAUCCACCUUUUACUUCUUGUUAGCUAGCUAGCUCACGGUCUGGUAUUGCUCUCCAAUUCAACUGGAUGUGGUCUCCAAGGCUUAAUAUAGAGGAUAGGGUUCUGACAGUGUUUAGUUAUGCUGCAAAUCGAAUGUUGUGAUGAGGAUCGUCCGAUGAUGAUAGCUUGCUGAUUAAAAUCUUGUUUGACUGGAGACCACAUCAAUCCAUGCUUGGUUUAUUAAUUUCCUUUCAAUUUGUUCUUAUCUGCUAAAACCUUCAAGACAAACUGAUGGCUUUAUGUUUACUUGGUUA